CCAUAUUGUGAAGCGGCACCGUCUUUCCUCACUUCAGUUUGGGUUAAGUCCGCGUCCACUCCUUAGGAAAUGAAGGCGUAUAACGGUUUAAUUCUGGCCGUGUGACACCGGGAUGCUGGAGGGCUUGUGAACCGCUGGACUGCUUAACUAUGUUCCCUUCAGCUAAGGCGAAAUUUAACGGAAGCUGCUUUCAAUUCGCCCGCCUCUCUCGUUAGCACACAGAAAGUGCAGUCCGCAUGAGAGAGGCUCCUCCGCUGCAUUUCAGACGGGGCUUCGACAUUCCUUGACGGUCGAGCAGCAGCCGCACCAGCCGCCGCCGCAGGGUGCAGAACCCACGAGCUUCGGCCGCUUGACAGGUGCCGUCGCUCGGCUGUGCUCGGAGAGAUGCCGCCCGUCCAGAGAACAAUGUCCGAUCUUCGCACUCGAGCGGAGGGAUAUGAAAAGACAGAGGACGCAUCAGAGAAGACGUCACUGGCUGACCAAGAAGAUGCCCGGCUUAUAUACCUCAAUCAGCCGCAGUUCACAAAGUUUUGCAGCAAUCGUGUCAGCACGGCCAAAUAUAAUGUUCUCACCUUUCUCCCUCGGUUCCUCUACUCGCAGUUCAGGAGGGCAGCCAACGCCUUCUUUCUCUUCAUUGCACUCCUGCAGCAAAUCCCAGAUGUGUCCCCCACUGGUCGCUGGACCACCCUGGUGCCGCUGAUCUUUAUUCUGGUGGUCGCUGCGGUCAAGGAAAUAAUUGAAGAUCUGAAACGCCACAAAGCUGACAAUGUUGUCAACAAAAAGGAAUGUCAAGUCUUAAGGAACGGGGCCUGGGAGAUUGUGCACUGGGAGAAGGUUGAAGUGGGUGAUAUUAUUAAAGUAAAUGGCAGUGAUUUCGUUCCUGCGGAUGCUGUCAUUUUAUCAUCCAGUGAACCACAGGGUAUGUGCUACAUUGAAACAUCUAAUCUGGAUGGAGAAACAAACCUUAAAAUCAGACAGGGUCUCCAAGUGACUGCAGACAUAAAGGACAUUGACAACCUGAUGCGGCUGUCGGGGCGGAUGGAAUGUGAAAGCCCAAACCGGCACCUGUAUGAGUUUGUUGGAAACAUCCGCCUGGUUGGACACAGCACCGUUCCUCUGGGUCCAGACCAGAUCUUACUGAGAGGAGCCCAGCUGAGGAACACACAGUGGAUCCAUGGAGUGGUUGUCUAUACGGGACACGACACCAAACUCAUGCAGAAUUCCACCCGGCCUCCUCUGAAGCUGUCCAAUGUGGAGCGGAUAACCAACUUUCAGAUCCUCGUGCUUUUCGGCUGCCUCCUGGCCAUCUCCCUCAUCUGCUCCAUCGGCCAAACCAUCUGGAAGUACCAGUACGGCGACGACGCCUGGUACAUGGAUCUCAACUCUCCAGAUGGCGGGGCUGCCAACUUUGGCCUCAACUUCCUCACCUUCAUUAUCCUUUUCAACAACCUGAUACCAAUAAGUCUCCUGGUCACACUGGAGGUUAUCAAAUUCAUCCAAGCCUUUUUCAUCAACUGGGACACCGACAUGCUGUAUGAGGCCACAAACACACCGGCUAUGGCCCGCACGUCCAAUCUGAAUGAGGAACUAGGCCAGGUAAAAUACAUUUUCUCUGACAAGACAGGAACACUGACCUGUAAUGUGAUGCAGUUUAAGAAGUGCACCAUCGCCGGUGUGGCCUAUGGGUAUGUCCUGCUUUCUCUUUUCCUGCUUUCCACCCCACCUAUACCUUUGCCUCCCCCAUAGACUUUAUUAAAUGCUGGGUAUGCAUCAGUGUGCAUCUGGCAUUUCUCUGUUCUUCCUCACCGUCUCAUUAGCAGCUGCAUCGGUGUUCUUCUGCCUCUGAAUGUUAACUAUAAAUAAAACCUGGAUAGAAUUUUGCAAGCCAAGGCUCUUCACACCAUCGUCUUCGCAGCCCUUUGGUGUUUGCAAAAAUUAGAUUUUUUUUUCCUGUUUGUACUGUAUCCUUUUAUAGAUGCUGAUGUAAAAGCUAAUUACCCUCAUAUUAUUAUUUUUUUUUAUUUUACCAGACAUGACAUAUUUCUAGCAACAUUUUAACAUUUCAUUAAAUCAGUUCUUGGAUUGUUUUUUUCUACUCUGAUUUCAAUUCUCUGCCUCAGUGAUUAUCUUCAACAAAUACAAAACAAGUGGGCGAGCUGAGUGUCUUCAGAGAAGCAAAGCAAGCGCAGGCGUGAGAGUACAUGAUUAAUCCCAUUAGGAUUCAAUUAAAACGUGUGAUUGAUGAAGUUCACACUGAAGGACAACAUGCAUUAUUUUAUCUGGUUGUCUUUGCUCCCAUUAGGCUGUGAUUAGAACCACUGUAAAGUCGCCUUGCUCAUUCCCAGUGUUCGGAAUAAGCAAGGCGAGCUCAACAAUAUCACUCUCGAGAGUUACAGUGGAGAAGAUGUUGUUGACGUGCUGCCACAGAAAAAUUGAUGCUCGCAUUUCAGUUUAAAAACUAUAGAUGCAGAGGACAGACAGAUGUAGAUUUUUUUUACAUUAUAUCUAUGUCUUAUAUUUUUUCUCCUUUUUUGAGGGAUUUAGUAGUGUUUUGAUUGAAACUUUCUUUUUUCCUUAAAGACUUUAUUUUAGGCAGCAGUGAAAAGAUGCAUCAAUUUAAAAUUUAGCUACAAAAGGUAAAAAAUGUGGGUUAAUAAGCAGAAACAAAAAGUUUAGCAUUUAUGUAAUGUUGGGGAGGCUGGUUGACCUUUUGUUUUCUGUAAACUUUAAGAUUUUUAUAACUACACUGGUGUAAAAA